AUGAGGCCUACCAACGACUACCCCGAUAUCAACAUCCCCACCAUUACGUCGGACUCCGACACAGAGCGCACAAGCGAGAGCUCCAGCCUCGGCCAGGACGGGCAGCUCUCGCAGCUCUCUCGGGCGAAGAUGGCUGUUGCACUGAACAGCAUUCACCACGUGCGAAUGUUUAAGACCUACGGCCAAGAAGAGCGCGUGACGGUGUACGCGCUGGACGUGUUCGUGCAGAGUACACUGACGGGUGUUGUUAGCAAGAGCAAGAAACUCAUCAAGGGCGAAUCGGACAGCGGUCGUAUUGCGUACCAAGUGGCUUAUCGUUACUCGUCGUUUCGAACGCUACGCCAGCGCAUCGGCGAGGUGGUGAAGGAGCCCAAAGACAAAUCACACUCGAAGUGGUGCCCGUACUGCUCGCGAGUGCGAGGUAUCACCAAGUCAAGCGUGUUCCCACCGCGUUUUCCGAGUGGCGGGGCUGUGGGAAUCGUCACUGGUUUUCGUGAUCUUGUGGCACACAGUCGCGAGAAGCGCUUGGAGAUGUUCGUGAACCUCUUGCUGCGUGCUGCUAAGGACAUAUCGUAUCGCUCUGGAUGCACUCCUUGUGGACGAUUCGAGGCCGUCUCCAGGCUGCUGAACGACUUCCUGACGCAAACGGCUCCCAGCACAGUGCCCAAGUUAGCAUACACCUUUGCAUGCAUUCCCAUAAGUGCCUUUGCAGUUAGUUAA